AUGAACAAAGUAGAAGCUAAGAUACUCAUGGGAUCAUGGAAGCAGUGGACGGGGGUUUUCAUAGAUUCAGAGGGGGCAUCAGGAGGUAUGGGUAUCCUCUGGAAUGCGAAUAAUCACAAGGUGGAGGAAGUUUGUGCUUCCAAUAUGUGGCAGGUAUGUAAGGUCCAUUCCUAUCCUCUAAAUGUUCAUUUCACAUUGAUCAAUGUUUAUGGACCCUCAAAACCCAAUCUUCAAAGAAAUUUUUGGAGACCCUUGUCUUCCCUCAUGCGAGAUCUGGAUGGUGGUGUUAUUAUUAUUGGGGGUGAUUUCAAUGCUAUAUUGGAUCUGAGUGAUAAAUCAGGGGGCAAGGGAGGCCUUUCUGCGAACCGAGUUAAUUUCCAAAAUUUUGUGGCGAACAAUGGACUCAGGGAAGUCAAAUCUAAGGAAGGACAGUUCACAUGGUCUAACAGAAGGAUCCUAGGACAUCAUGUAGCAGAGAAGCUUGACUGUUUUUUCUUGGGUGGUCCCUGGGCGGAAACCAAUCUCCUUUUUGCCUCGAAUAUCCAUUCAAUGGUUGCCUUAGAUCACUUACCAGUAGAGCUCACUAUAGCCUUUGAUGGCCCCCCCAUCAGAUAUCGUUUCAAAUUCGAAAAAAUGUGGCUGAGGGAUAAAAACCUAAGAGAAUUAAUUAAGGAAUGGUGGUCAGGGGCCCCAAAAAUAUGCGGUACUAAGGCCUUUGUUUUCGUCAAGAAGCUGCAGUUCAUUAAGUCAAAAAUUAAAGAAUGGAACCGAACCAAGUUUGGUAACAUUUUUGCUAAUAAAAGAGAUCUGGAGGACAAGCUAGCGACCCUGCAAGAAGAUAUAAUACAAAAGGGGAUGACAUCUGAGAUGUUCUGGCAGGAGCGAGACCUCAAAGGACAAUACAGUGAAGUGCUAGCUCGAGAGGAGAUUUGCUGCAGACAAAAGUUGAGAGAGUGUUGGUUACAGGAAGGGGACAGAAACACAAAAAAUUUCCAUAACUCGGUUAAGGCGAGAAGAUCCAGGAACAAAAUCACAACCAUUUACAACAAUGAGAAUGUUUUACUAGACAACUUGGAGGAUAUAAAUUAA